AUGGCUGGAAUUGUCAGCACUCCUCUUCCCUUCCUCCGAAAGUCCGAGGACCCUAAACCUCUGCAUCCUCGAUGGGGUGAUGUGGAUAUAUCCGUUCCUACCGAGGGUUCAUGGAAUCAAUACGAUAAUCCUCAUCGAGCUAUGCGUGAACCGCAGUGCUAUGGACCGGGCUUUGUCCCCGACUGUUGUUCAUAUGAUAAAGAAAUAAUAAAAAAUCACCGCCCAGAUGGCAACAACUCACACUCUACGGCAGCCUAUAUCGACACGACUUCUUCAUCUCGGCGCAACUCCCGGGCCCUCGGGGCCUUGCGACCCGGUCGACUGUCUGUCCGUCUUGCCUCACGGCCCAAACACCUGAGAAAUAACUCACAGACCGCGCAACAAUCUCAGUCAAUGGAGCCGGAAAGAACCGAAUUUGCAUAUAAACCGAUCCAGCAGGACUAUACAGCUGAGGCGAUCGAGAAUGCAACUCAGUUCCAGCAGCAGCAACAGCAGCCUACUCGAUUCAAAUACAUUCCCACCAACGGACGAUAUCUCGAGCAGCUCGCUCAUGUCCCUUCUCGUAGCCAGUCUGUUGAUUCCUACCGCGGUUCUCAAUUAUGGCGGAACUCAGUCAUAAGGUCUCUGGAGGGUCAAGGAAGCGGCCGCGAUCUUCCAACGACGACCUAUAAGAGCAAUAUCGAGGAUGAUCGCCGAAGCCUUCGCUCAAAUGUUGGUGGUGACUCCUCAGACGGCUCCACUGGCCCACGCCACUAUGUGUUGCCGACCAGACGAAAAACCUCGCCGCAGGUUGUGACGGACCGGAAGAGGUUUUCUCUGUUGAAGCCCAUGACUACAGCGAUGGUCCCGGAAGCGGAUGAUCUUUAUGAAUAA